UAUAUCCACAAAUAUUGUCUAAAUCAAAACUAAACACUUCAAAAAGAAUAUGGCAAACCAAAUAUUCUACACUCUCUUCCUAUUCCUCUUAUCCACGACGAUGCUCACGGCGUCAUCUGCGACCACCGUAGCCGCAGGUACUUCAAAUAGCUCAGUAAACUUCAUACAAGCCUCUUGCAACGCCACCACAUACCCAACCGAAUGCGUCAACUCUCUGAUAAGUUACGCCGACACCAUCCAAACAAGCCCUCAACGUCUAGCAGAGACCGCACUCAACAUAACCGCGACUGAGGCACAGUCCACGAAGGUCUUCGUCUGGCAAGUGGGGAGUUUAAACGCUCUCAAGAAACGUGAGAUCCAAGCCAUUAAGGACUGCAUCGUGUCGAUCCAUGAUGCCGUUGAUGAUUUGACCAAGUCGAUCAAUGAAGUGAAGUUGUGUGCUAGUGCUAAAGGUCGUGACCAGUUUUUUUCCCACAUGAGCAAUGCUCAGACGUGGACAAGUGCUGCUUUGACUAAUGCAAACACUUGCUCCGAUGGGUUUGCGGGUCAGUUCAUGGAUGGGGAGAUCAAGAACUCGGUUCAGACACGGAUAGUGAAUUUGGGAAGAAUAACUUGUAACGCCUUAGCCUUGGUCAAUGCUUUUGCUAAAACAUACUAACUAAGGAAAUACAUUUUUUCUUUGUUCUUAAAUAUUACGUAUGUAUGUAAUUUGAGCUA